UGCACACGGCAGCAGCACCAGACCAGCUGCUUGUUGCAGACGCUUCAGCACGAUGAGGAGAUCCUUCAACAACGGGAGGUGGACGAAAGAGGAGCACGACGCCUUCCUGCAGGGCUUGGUUCUUCACGGCAAGAACUGGGACCUCAUCGCCCCCAUCGUGAAGACGAGAAGCGCGGUUCAGGUCAGGACGCAUGGUCAGAAGUACUUCAAGAAGGUCGACAAGGGGGAGAGGUUUCCCGAAGAGCCGUACGAAAGCAUGUUCAUCAAGGCGCGCCACCAGACUCUCUCGUCGGCUUCGGCCGCGCCCAUGCCCCCACCGUUUGUUGCGUCGGGGGGAAGGCAGCAGCAGCAGCGACAGCAGCAGCAGGACGAUGAGGACGCGAUUUUUGUCGCGCUAGGAGAAACGCGGCAGCAAGGCGCAGCAGGCCUUCAAACGGCCGCAGCGGCGGGGACGGGACUUAGGAUGGCGCGACCGACGUCGUCGUUGUCAUCUUCGGGCACCGACCGCGGGGCGUAUGCGUGUGGCCCCGGCGGCGCCGGCGUCGGCGUCGGCAGCGGCAGCGGCAGCUCGGCUACCUUGUCUCCCUCGCUGGCAUCCUCGUCCUAUACACCUCCGGGCGACUCGAGCAAUGCGGAGAUCAACCCUCGUGCCGGUUACUUCGUCGCCUACCCGGACGGGUCUGUCCCUAACAGCCACGAGGCCAUGGGCACUUUUGCCUCCUCCUCUCCUUCUCUCUGUGCUCCCUUGGCCAACUACGGAGGCUUCUUCCCCGCCGACGGGUUUACAGGGCCCGAGCAGGCGGGAGAGAGCGGAGCCGGUGUGUCGGGUGGAUUCGGAGGCGGAGGCGGCGGCGGCGGCGGCGGCGGUGGCAGCGGCGGCGGCGGGGGCGGGGGCGGGGGCGGGGGCGGCCAGAACUGGGCCAGUACUGUUCGCGGCUCCGAGUGCACUGACGGUAGCUAUCAGUCUCACACCUCUUGGUGUUCGGCCCCGCAGUCGCCGUUGUCUUCCCCGUACAUAAUGUCUGCCUCCUCGCUCGGGUCCGUGGGACCGCCUCCGGCCGCCCCCGCCGCCGCCGGUGGCUCCGAGUGCACUGACGGCAGCUAUCAGUCUCACAACUCUUGGUGUUCGUCCCCGCAGUCGCCGUUGUCUUCCCCGUACAUAAUGUCUUUCUCCUCGCUCGGGUCCGUGGGACCGCCUCCGGCCGCCGCCGCCACCGGCGGCGGCGGCGGCGGCGGCGGCGGGGGGCUGAACCCACUCGGCGGCGGCAAGUGCGGCUACGGCAGUACGCAGCAGCUGCUGCAGCUGCAGCUGCAGCAGCAGCAGCAGCAGCAGCAGCAGCAGCAGCAGCAGCAAGAACACCACAUGCCGGGGUUCUCCGAGAGCGUGUGGUACCACCAGCAACAAGGGCCGCAGACUCUUCGGCAGGAGGGUUUCGGGCAAGUCGACGACUGGUUGAACUCACCGUAUCUGCUCAGGGAAGACGAGAUAGGCGGCGGUCAUGACCUCGACGGGGCGGUAGAAGGUGCCGCCCGAAACGCCGCGACGGACGUCGAUAAUUUAGGGAUUCUGUAGUGCACGCACACUACGUACGAAGGAGGGGUGCAGCGUCCCCACGCACGCUCUGUUCCUUGUGGUAUUGGUUGUGCCUUUGCGGGCUUCCCACGCUUGUUUGGAAACUAUCAUUCACUGGCUCGUCUUCGUCCGCUCAGAGCUACAAUGUUUUCGCGCGACGUAUUUUAUCGCCUUACCAAGCGCUAUUCUGAGGGUUGUGGAGGAGUUAAGGUUGGUGUUUCCAUAAGAGAAAAGGGCCAACUUCACAGUAUAUUAGGUACAUUUUGGUCUUGGGAGAAAGGGUAGGGGUUGAGGCAAUGAUCACGUUUCGCGGUGUCGCUGUAUCAUUUGUUUCCUCCCCCGACGUAUGUAUGGGCUUGACCAGGAAAUCGUAGUGUCUAAGUGCUGGCUUCAUUUGCUUGGCUGUUGUCUGUGUUUGCCGUGAGAUCAAGCGUUGGACGCCGUGCUGUUUGCGGCAGUUACCCGCGGAUCGAUGUUGACGUAGGCAGAGCCGAGGCUUCGGCCGCCCCCCCCCCCUAUGAGCCACUUAUUCUGUGUGGCGGUGGCUUUAGCCGCGGAGGAGGGUGACUGCCGAUGUAGCACGCGUUCUUGAGCAGGCGCACCGUAAUGGAGUGGGAGCCGCCGGUCUGCCUUGGUUUUUAACCUAGUUGAGGAUUGGCCGACUGAUUGCCCUGUGGCGAUGUCGGUUAUUCGAUACCAGAGGUUUGGCGUCUUCGUGCUGCGUCGCUACAAAAUGAUUCAAGUUUGAAGGCGCCGGCGGUGUAGUAUGCAUAUAUAUAAUGGGAUUUGUUUUGCUGACAUCUAAAUUUGAUGGUGGCAAUCCGCGUCUAUUCGUGUGCGUGCGUAUUCUUGUGUCCAUGUGCCAUAUUAGUGUGCUCUGUGGUAAUGUAGUCUAUUUAUGUAGGUUAGUCAGGUACCGUCCGGAUCAGGAGCCAAUCGUGUAGAAGAGAGCGGCUCGGUGGGAAGCUCCUGUUCUUGCCAAUUUUUUCGUAAAACGUGUUCCGUGUGGGGUGUGUCUGUAACCGUUCAAAUUGUUUUGCGUAUGAUUGUGAUGGUCCGUUUGGGUGGGUGGGGAAUCACAUUUAUACGGUGGUGUUUUUGAUCUGUCGUUGUUCUUGGUAAGGUGCGAUUUGACAUAUAUAUGCGUACCAACUCAGUGCCUUACUGUUGUUCAUGAUGUUUGCGUAAAAUCGUGGUGAUUUUGGGUGUUUGUCGCGCUUUGCAUUCAUUCUACUGUUUUUUGGCAUACACCUUUAGUCCUUCUUUGUUGUAAAAGGCAAUUUGUAGUAUGUGGCGAGGGUUCCGAAUCGAGUGUGUCCCGCCUUGCAGGGUAGUUCGCCCGCCGUACGUAGCAACU